AUGGAAUCACUGGAAACCAUCAACCCGUUUACACUGGCACCAUGGGAAGCACGCGUGCAGACUGAUGAGCCCAUCUCGGAGGGGUCAACUGUACCAGGCGGGUCAAUGCAGAUCGCAUUCAGCAGCUCGGCGCGGAAUGAGCUGGUCGGGUUUGGUGUGGCGAUCGAGAAACAACCACCACGCUAUCGGAAAGUGAGACGGAAGACCUUGUCCGUCACGUUGAGUGCGAGAACAGAGCAAAAUCCAUUUUCCGCGGAGCUGGCGGCAAUAGUGCAUACACUGAAGACACUCGUGGGAUUGAAAGACUUUAGGAUCACACUGAUCACGAGAAACAAAGUGGCGACUCUUACGUUGAAGAACCCGCGACAACAGUCGGGUCAGGGAUUUGUCUUCCAAACCUACAAGCUGAUAAGCAGAUUGCAGAGGCAUAGAAAUCAGAUCAGCGUUCGGUGGAUCCCCACCAGCGAGGACAACAACCUACUAGGACUGGCGAAAGAACAGGCCAGAGCCGCAACACAAGAAGACACCAUCCUUCAAGGACAGGUCCCCAAAAUGAAAUCGACGACUCUAAAGAUUGCGCGUGCCCAAGCAAUCCCCAGUAGUAAGCUGCCCGAGAACAUAGGGAGACAUUCCAGACGAGUGGAUACAGCACUUCCAGGGAAACACACGCGACAGCUGUAUGAGCGAUUAUCGUGGAAAGAAGCGAGCGUGCUGGCCCAGCUCCGCACCGGCAUGGCAAGGCUCAAUGGAUAUCUCUUUCGAAUCAAUGCCGCCGAGACAGAUCAAUGUGCAUGUGGACAAGCAAGAGAGACGGUGGACCACUUUCUGUUUCGAUGUCGGAAGUGGACCGCGCACCGGACGGAAAUGCUGCAAUGUACCCACACUCACCGAAGUAAUAUCUCCUUCUUCUUGGGUGGAAAAUCGCCCUCCGAUGACCAGAAGUGGACGCCCAAUUUGGAUGCAGUGCGAGCCUCAAUACGGUUUGCCAUCGCUACGGGCCGACUUGAGGCCACUUAA